UUCCAUAAUUAGACUCAUCGAAUCCGCGUGAAAAAAAGCAUAAAGACUAAAUUACCUUCCCACAACAAAUUCAGGCGUAAUGGAUUAAGCUGGCUAAGGUUACAAUUACAAUACCGGAAUAUACCCAAAACGACGGGGAAUAAUUCAAAUUCACACGCCUCUCCUCACCAAAUCCCGAAAACUAUAAAUACUUCUCAUUCUCAUCCAAAUUUCUUGCCCUAACAAGAGCCUCGCACCCAAACAAACCCUCUCUCUUUCCCUCAGCCGCAACCAUGCUUUCCCUAUCCAAACAAUUCCUUUCCCUUCAUCUUCCCUGCAAUUUCUCAAUUGUCUUCAUUAACACUUCAACACGACAUCGUUUUCUCUAAUUACAUGUUAAUUAUGCGACCGUGAUGGAUGCGUCGGUGGAGCUGAAUUAUCCGGUGGAUGUUGUUGUUUCGGCGGCGGCGGCGGCGGCGAAGAAGAAUAAGAGUUUUGUUAUGGGAUCUGAUGAGGUGUUUGGUAGAGAUAAUAAUAAUGACAAUAAUGAUAAUAUUAGGGUCUCGACGCUUGUUGGUAAAGAAGUUGUUGAGGUCGAGGAGUCGAUUUUAGUUAACCCUAGAGCAGCAGCUGCUUCGAUUCAGCAUUGCAGCUCUUUGUUUGCUCAAAAAGAUGAAACGAGCUCACUCACUGCUUUGGAGUCAAUUUCAUGGGAGAAAGUUUUACCUCUGGAACACCGUGAGGAUGUUAUUAAGAAACCUAGCUCACCUAUUGGAGACAUUUCUAAACAACUCAAUUGCAGUGGCUCAAAUGGUCCUUCAUGGAUUCCUAGGUCUGAAGAAGUGCAAGUACAAAGAAGAGGAGGAAAAGUGACAAGAAGUAGCAGUGGUUGCUCCAAGAGACCACGGUUAUCUCCAUUUGAAGAUUCUACUGGACCAGCUGGAGUUGCUGACCCAAAGGAUUCUUCUGAUAAGCUAGGUUCGCAUCCAACCGAGAUUGACUGUAAUGAAAAAACUCAAUCAGCGAAAAAAAAGAACAACUUUGGCCGCAAGCGAGGUGAUAGGAGACACUCUAAAGUUACAUUGAAGACUAAAUUUGAUUCCUUCUCUGUGAAGGCAGGUUUGGCGAGCUUUGGUUCAGCUGGUGGUGGGAACAGCUAUUUUGGACUAUGUGGUUUGAAGACGGAUGAUCAUGACAUCACAAAGCUGGUAGACCAUAUAUCAUUGAAUGAUGUUCUUGAUGGCACUUACGAGUGUCCUAGCUUAGGCAAAGACAAGGGGAAGAAAGCCAUAAAUGCAACUGAAAAUAUUCUGCAUUCAGUUGUAAAAGCUUGCUUUAUUCUUCAUUUCUCCAGGCCUGCUCAGCUCCAGAAUUUUGCUGAGACAGAUGUCUAUUCCAACGAGAAAAUGCCUCCAUGCCCAUCUUACUCUGUUUCUAUUGUUGAAAAUGGAGAUUCUUCAGCAACUGAUAUUUCUUCAUUUACCAAGGAUUCUUGCAACAAGCCUGAAACUCCUGCUAAUUUGCUUGAUUUUUCGUUUGACCAACCUAAAGAUACUCUGGAUCGGUUGGCACUUCCUCCACCCAAGGAUCUGGAGUCUCUGCUUCUGGAUGCAACCAAGCUUGCUGCAUCAUCAAGGCAUGCCCCUGAUCCACGACCUGGGAAGCAAACAUCUCGCCAGGCUAGCUUGCCAGCUUUUCCCUGGUCACACACUUUCAGUGGGCAGCACUCCAGAACUAAUUCUGACGCGGUUAAGUGUUCACCAAGUAGGAGUACAUGCCAAGGUAGAUGGGUAAGAAUAGGGGACAGUUUCAAUUCACCUGGGUGUGCCUCUGAUACUUUAACAAAUUUGGAGUCAUGUGCUUAUGAUGAGACCUUAGUUCCUUCACAAGUAACAAAGUUGGCUGUUCUAGGAAAUAAUGUUGACUCAUUGAAACCUUGGUGUGGGUGGGGUUUGUCAUCCUCACAAGCUUCUAUGACAUCCCAUGUUCUGCUAGAAUCUGAAGAUGACCUGAAGUCUCAAGGAAGAGUUGAACGUUGUCCAAGACUGUUGGAGGCUGCUCAAACCUUGUAUGACAUUGCUACUCACGUGGCAAGGCUAAACCAAGAUGGAAUAUUAAGGCGGCCUAAGGAGCUCUUACAAAAGGCUAUGAAAGCUCGCAGGACAAAAUCAAUCGAGAAACCUGAUGAUGUAUCUGCAGCAUCAACUUCAUCAAUGGGGUCUGACCAUAAGUCGAGAAGUGGCAUGGACCAGAUAAAGCCCACAAAGAGGCCUAAACCCUCAACCAUUAGGGACAAAAAAGAUCUUGAUCAUAUCGACAGUGUUAGGAAAGGGCCAAUAAAUUGGUCUGCUCCAAAAUCAAGAAGAGCAUCUCCCAUCAAAUUAAUUAGGGACUCCAUUGCAGAAAGUAGACAUUCCGCUGCUUACAUCUUAAAGGAAGCAUGUAUGAUGCCUCCUCCACCUGCAAAAGUUCUGAAUAGAACUUGCAACGGUCAACAAAAGGUUCGUAAAUUGAUGCAGAUGGACUGAAACAGGGAGUGUUGACAGGCAUGGCUGAUCAAUGUUUUUCCCGAUUCAGAAAACUCUUCGUUUUAAUCAAUUCUUGUAAUCCAUCAACACCGCCAUUGUGGUGCCAGUCAAACUGUGCUGGACCGAUGUGUACAUAAUGUGGGAUUGUUGUACGGAUGUAGACUGUAGACGGACGGGAUUUGCUGUAAGGGUUCAUCUUGAGGGAUGAAAAGCAAUGUUGUACCAUUAAGAGCAGGUAAUUCUUUGCCUUGUAUAUAAAGCACUUCACCGAGGCAAUAGAAAUUUCAGUUCUUUUC